UCAAAUAUUUUAUUUUAAUUUUUAAAAAUUAUUAUUUCGAGCCGACCAGGCUGUGUUGAGCCUCGUAGUUUUUUGUAGGCAAUCGUGUAUCGUCGCGUUGUCUACUUUUAUGCGCGCUUUUUGCAAACGUGAUAUUUUACUUUUAUUUUCGGUGUGUUUGAGUGCAUUUUUCAAAAUGAUUUUUGUACGAAAAAUGUGUAUUGACAUGCCUGAGUUUGAUUUCCAAAGUUUUAUAAAAAAGUACACAAAAACUCAUUACCAAACACACACACAUUGGACACAAAAGCACAACUAAAACAAAAAACUAUAAAUAUGAAAAAACUACAAAACUACAACAAAAAAUAAUCUAUGAAAAAAAGCUACAGCCUCCUCUAUCGACACUGAGUUGAAGCCCACCAUACAUGUGGCGCCAUUGGCGCAUCAAAGUAGUUUCGCCUCGUGUCAGGGGUCUGGGUAUCAUACACCCGACGAUGACGAUACCAGCGAUUCAAGCUCAACUUCACAAACGCAUAGCAGCAGCAGCCGCAGUAGCAGACAUAGCAAGAAAGGUGGUGAGAAGGUGCGUCGCGAUAAGCGCAUGCGCCAUGAGGAUAACGUUGACACCGCGAGCGAUACCAGUACCGAGGAAUGUGUGCACCUUAUUGACAAUGAUACGGUGCAGCACAAGAUACGCAUUGAAUUUGCCGAUUAUGGUGGUUCGGAGUACGCCGAUGUGCUCUCACAGAGUGAGGCCACUGAUAAUGCGCUGGCCGAAGAGGUUGCUGUUGCUAUGCGCUUGCGUUUGCCAGAAAUCGGUAUACAACCGCAUACGCAGCCUACCACACCAUCUUCGGAUCACACCACUAUACCGUUAGAUGGUUUCCUCGACGUGCAACGCAUGUCAUUCGGCUCGGGACCCAAUUCGGAUUUGGCUGCCGUCAUACGUGAGGAGGACUCGGAGGCUUCGAAUGAAGUCUUCUCACCGCCAACUUAUGUAACUUGCAGCUAAUGCUUUUG